GAUGGCAAUACUGCAGUUUGUUUUGUCUUCUGCUAUUUUUCGUGAAAAUUUUUAGCGGUAAUUUAUAAGUUCUUGAGUGAGUUCCUCCUUAACCAGAUUUCAUUGCUAUUUACGCCAAUUUAAAAUCCCUCACCAAUUUAAACAUUUACUUAAUUUUUGAUUGUACAGGACAAAUACAUCGUUUAAUAAUUUUUAGUCAACUUUUACUUCUGUGUUUUAAAACUGUCGAAGACUGUAUUUAUAGUUUAAUAUUUUUCAAAAAGGAAGCAUAAAAUGGCCCAGACCAGUAAAUGGGGAAUAUGGCUUAAAAAUGCAACCAAGAAUCUCCUUUUUAGUGUGCCUGUUGUUGUUGUAUUUUUGGAUAAUGUGGGAUAUGUUGCCAAAGUAGAAGGUAUAUCAAUGCAACCUGCUUUGAAUCCUGAAGAAGAUAAAACAAAUGAUUAUGUGUUACUAAAUAAAUGGGUGAUGCGCAAGUUUGAAGUUAAGCCUGGUGAUAUAGUAGCAUUGACAUGUCCCAGAGAUCCGGAUCAAAAGCUAAUAAAACGUGUUAUUGCUUUGGAAGGUGAUACCGUUAAGGCAGCUAAUAAAUUGAGAUACGUAUCAGUUCCUGUUGGUCAUUGCUGGAUUGAAGGAGAAAAUUUAAAACACAGCAUGGAUAGCAAUUUUUUUGGUCCAGUUGCUGUAGGAUUAAUAAUUGCCAAAGCAUCUCACAUCGUGUGGCCUCCCUCCCGAUGGCAAAAGCUAGAAUCACGACUUCCAAGUGACAGGGGGCCUCUAAAAUGGCCCAAAGCAGAUUUUUAGUCAUCCUUACAGAAUAAAAAAAAACUAGUUUCGUAGUUCAAUUAUUAUUCAAUUGUCUUCCCUUUAAAUAGACGGAAUUCCAUCAUCAAAGUCUCUCUGAACAAAGUCUUCAAAUUUGUGUACUUUAUGUUUUCGUGGUUAUCUUUAUGUAUUCGUGGAUUUUUUUUUUAAAUUCAUAUUUUUCAUGAAUAGCCUUAAUAAGUCAUAUAUUAAUUUAAGUGAAGCUGAACUAAUAAGGAAUUUCUUUAAUCGCAGAAAUGUUUACUGGAUAUCAAGCAUGUCGCAGGUUUUAAAUCAAAAAAUGCCAUUUUCAAAUUUUUCGCGUUUCUUUUUCUUAAUCAUUUUAUUAUGUGUUUAUAAUACACAAACAGAUUUUAAAGAAACAGACUUGUUAAGUACUAAAACAAACUUGUCUCACCAACAUUUACAUUGUUGUCAUUGCAUUUUCACGGAACAAAUGUGUAUAUAAAAUUUGAAGACAAUCCAAAUCUUUAGCAUAAAAAAAAAUAUGUAAUCACGGUAUUUGCAUGCAAAUCAUUAUCUCUCAAAAAAUUAUUUAGGAGAAUUUAAGUAUACUAUUGGAAACAUCUAGUAUAUAAAAAUUAGAAUCUCAACUAAUUAAAUAAUAAAUUGAUAGAAAUAAAUUGUAUUAUAUUAUCGAAAUAAUUAUAUCAUAGUUCUUCAAUUUUUGAGAAUUUAAGUAUACUAUUGGAAACAUCUAGUACAUAAAAAUUAGAAUCUUAACUAAUUAAAUAAUAAAUUGAUCGAAAUAAUAUUGUAUUGUAUUAUCGAAAUAAUUAUAUUAUAGUUCUUCAAUUGUUGAGAAUUUAAGUAUACUAUUGGAAACAUCUAGUACAUAAAAAUUAGAAUCUUAACUAAUUAAAUAAUAAAUUUUUCGAAAUAAUAUUGUAUUGUAUUAUCGAAAUACUUAUAUUAUAGUUCUUCAAUCGUUACUAGCUAUUUCAAACAAUUUUUAAACUAAAAGUAAGCACACUGAAGUUAAUUAUAACUAUUUAUUUCUUUUUUGUAAAAUGAAUACUCAUUAAAGAGAAGCAUGAAUAUUAAUCUUUAUCUAUAACGCAAGUUUUAUUUGUACGAGUACUAUAAAGAAAUAUGUAUGCCAUAAAUUUUAAUCGCAACGUGUGUGAGUAUUUUAAAUGAAUGAACUUAUUUUUGUGUAAAUAAAAAUAUUUUGAAAUCCUU